CACCAAAGCUCACUUAGUAUGGCACCUUCACCAAGUACCAUCCCACUCACUGUUAGAUUCAGGAAAAAAAAUGUCUCUCAAAUACUUGCUAGUGUUGUCACUUAUGGUGGUGGCUCUCACCACCCCCUCAUUUGCUGAUUACCCAAAGCCACCGAUAGGAAAACCAGAGCACAAACCGCCAAUAGGUAAGCCAGGACCAGAGCCUGAACCACCAAUGGGAAAGCCAGAGCACGAACCACCAACGGGCAAGCCAGGAACGGAGCACAAGCCACCAACGGGAAAGCCAGAGAACAAACCACCAAUGGGCGAGCCAGAACACAAACCACCAAUAUUGGGUAAGCCAGGAUCGGAGCACAAGCCACCAACGGGAAAGCCAGAGAACAAACCACCAGUGGACAAGCCGGAACACAAACCACCAAUGGGUAUACCACCCAAGGGAGGAGAAAAGCCACCAAAAGAGGGAGAGAAGCCACCAACUCAUGGGCACACUCUGUUGGAAAAGCCAGAGCACAAACCGCUAGUGGGAAAGCCAGGGUCAGAGCACAAACCACCAACGGGAAAGCCAGAGCACAAGCCACCAGUGGGUAUACCGCCCAAGGGAGGAGAGAAGCCACCAAAAAAGGGAGAGAAGCCACCACCAGAGAAGAAGCCACCAACUCAUGGGCAUUUCCCAGGACACACCCUGAUGGAGGAGAAUGUUGAAGACUUCCACAAGCCACCGCGAAAGACAUUGCCGCCCAUGAAGAAGCCAUAUGGCCCCCAUAAGCCACCACACAAGCCUCCAACCCCUCCCCAUUCCAACUAGUGACCUCGUUUAUCUAUGGUUAUCGUAUAGAAAUAAGAGGCAUGCUUCGCUUUGCAGAUUUUAUUUUAGUUUUUGAGUCACAGUCAUAUGAUCAGCUUGUGUUGGUGGUAGGCUUGUGUCAGCUAUCCACGAUUGUAGCGGUGUCCUCUGUACUCGUUGGUGCUUAUUAUUAGCACCUAUACAUAUUCCUUUCUGUGUGUUUUAUAGUGCAGAGAUGAUUAUCUAGCUCUUCCAUCUAUUAUAUA